AUGGCGGCAGACGGCGACGAUCAGGUGCCUCCGUGCUGCCGGAUCUGCAGGAUGGAGGCCACAGAGGACAAUAAACUGUACCAUCCCUGCCGAUGUAAGGGUACAAUAAAGUACGUACAUGAGCCAUGUUUGUUCGAGUGGAUGGAGUCGAAGCGUGUCGAAAUCUCGAGGCCCGGUACGACCGCUCGGUGCGAUAUCUGCGGCGUUGAACUACGGAUGCGGACCAUCUACGAGGAUCGCAUGGGCUGGGAUACGUUGCGGCAGGUCAGUCUGCGCACGUUGAAGCGCUCAUACAAAGUAGCACAUGAUUUGACUUCGGCGGGCGCGAUUCUGCUAUUCUUUGCGGUGUGGUUGCCUGUGGCGUGGGGCGGGUGGUGUGCGCUGUACAGUGCCGCGCUGGAUGGAGCGCCUGUGCUCCAAACGGAGUACCCGGAGUUUGUAGCAGCGUGGCUGCGUGCUGUGGGCGUUGUGCCAUGGAGAAGGGGCGCUGGUGUUAUGUGGGAUAAGCUUGCGAUUGGGUAUGGGAUGGCGAGCUUAUCUAUGGUUGGGACCGCAGCCCUGACGCUGGCGUUCUACACAUUUACGGAUAUGAUUGUGCAGUCGGAAUCGUUCCCGAAGAUGCUAUUGCUACGAAUAGGGCCCAAGUACUCUAACGUUGAUCUGUUGCGGGACCGCCUGAGACAGCGUUUCCCUGACUUACCCGAGGAUGUCACCAAGAAAUUCGCGGUUCUUGCAGACCUUGCAAUCCGAAACGAUAUACCAGAGUUUUUGCAGAACAUUGGCGGUACUGAUAACGAGAAUUGGGAGCUACCCUUGAAUCUCAAUCGCAGAUAUUUACAGGCGCUACUAUAUGGAGAGGAAUUAGCGGAUCGUCGCAAUAUACACGUAGGACAGGACGACAACGGCGAACACGGUGCCUCUCAUGAUGAACUAGAUGAUGAAGAGAAUGAAGCCAGCUUCAAUUUAAACCAAGACGAUACUGUGAUCGACAUGCAGACUGAAUAUGCCAUUGAAACACCGCUUGAUCCAUCAGAACACAAUAUAGAAAGGAACGCCGCUUUGCAUGACUUCGUCGAGCUUCUAGAUGCACAUGAUGUAGACAUACAUGACCGUAAUCAGGAAAUGGUGCAGAUGCCACAGUUUAACCAACCUGAGAAUGAUUGGAAUGCUGGCGAUCAGGAUGAGGUUCGGGGAUUUCAAUUGGAUAUCAAGAUAAAUCUUUUCUCUGCCCCACUGUACUCAUUUGUUAUUACUAUUGUUUUUGGGAUCUUUCUGAUGGCUACUUACGUUCUACCUGUGGUUAUUGGACGCUAUCUUUUGUCAGCAUACUCAGGCCUACUGCUUGUUUUCUGGAACAUAUUUAGCCAUGCCGUUAAGAAAGUUGCUGAAUUAUUUCCGAAGUAUGUUUUGCUGCUGCUGCUCGAGUCAGAUAUCGGUUCUUAUGCUAUGGAUUACCUACUUAAGAUGGAGAUUGCACUGUCGUCUCUAUUCUAUAUGAAAUAUUUUGGUACUUCGAGCCUAAUCUACUAUCCAAAAGCGCUACCUCUGGUUACCUUCUAUGCGUCUCUCAUGGUAUUAGUUAUAAUUGCGACUGACUAUCUCGGGAGAGGCUACAGCGUGGUUAAUAGGAUGCGGAACGAGAAACUUCGGAAGCUGUAUACGUUUGCAUUCGCGGCGACCUGCACGAUAAAAGUGUUCAUCCUGAUCUACGCAGAAAUAUUUGGAUUUCCAUAUUUGUCUGGACUAAUGGUCAAGUAUUCGGUAAUUAAGGCUCUCGUCCCACUUGCGUCCUGGCAGUUUUUGUCACAUAUACCUCUUUCACGGACAUGCACUUCCAUUAUACAAUAUGCCCUAGACAUGAUGGUCGGGCUGCAUUGCAUGUAUAUGUUUGCAAGCUUUAUUGGUACAGUUAGGCGGCAUAUUAUUAGGCCAGGCGUUCUAUUUUUCAUUAGAUCUCCAGAUGCGCCAAAUAUGAACAUCCUACAGGAUAACCUGCUAUAUUCAAUGAAAAUCCACUUUUCGCGGUUAACAAUGUCGUUGUUCAUGUAUAUGACAAUAAUAAUUGGAGGCAUUGGAUUCCACACGAAGUUACUUUUACCAUUUUUGUUCAAAAAUGGACUUUAUCCGCUCGAAAAGUCACCGGAUAUCCAUGCAGUUAGUCAAUCAUUGGUCGUUUUUUAUGCAUUCGCCUUUGUUGGACGUUCACAGGCGCUCAAAGAUCUAGGUAAGAAUUACUGGACGAUGGUCUUCAAUAUUUGUUGCCGCCGGUUGAGGCUAUCUUCUUUCAUACUAAACAAAGAUAUUCCGAUGGAGAGGGGUUAUGUCAUUUACCGCAAUUAUUUCUACAAAUAUCUUGCCUCUAAACGAGCGCGCUGGUCGAACAGCACUUUGUACUCUUCCCCAAAAACCCACGAAGAAGCACAACAGUUAUUCAGAGCAGAUCCUUCAGUGCACGCAUAUUUUGUCCCCGAUGGUUGUUUAAUGCGUGUCCCUGCGAGCGAUCUUGUAUCUAGAAACUAUGUUCAGAUGCUCUUUGUUCCUGUAACCAAAGAUGAUAAACUACUAGUACCUCUUGAUUUGGAGGGAAUUAAGCGCCGGGGUUCAGAGAAUGCUGGUGAAUUCAGUCACCUAGCAAAGCAGAGUACCGACUUUGACACAUAUACCGUGGUGUAUGUUCCACCUUCCUUCAAACUGAGAUAUUCAUUGUUAUUGCUAUUGAUAUGGGCUUUCACAUCAUUAUUGUUCAUCUCCGUUGGCGUGGGCGCCCAUGUUGUGGGACAAACUAUUCUCUGGCUACUAACAUGGACUAUGCCUACCCGCCUGAUUGCAUACAUCGAUUUUGUAACGAACGACCAAUCUUUCAAACAGCUGAACCUCUAUGCUAUCUGCCUAGGCCUGGUUGUAAGUACCCUUUCGAUACAAGGUAACGUUUUCGGUCAUAUGGCAACCUUUUAUCAUAAUACAAUCGGAAGACGUCUUUCAAACGAGACACAGGAUAACUCCGAACACCCUAAUGCUCCAACCAGGAACGAGCAGGGAAUCGACGGUGCUGGAUUGGCGCUAGAUGAAUUUACUGUUAGCGCGGUAUUGCAUAAAGUAAAGGGACUAUUUACACGUCUUGAUCUUGCUGCUGCAGAUUCCGCGUUUUCUCCCUUCUACUUCUGCAUGUGCCUGACGUUGACAUGCAACUUUAUUCAUCUAGCGAAUGAGUUUAGAGCCGAAAUGCUGGACCCUGUGUUUUAUCAAAAUUAUUGGGAUAAAGUCUUCAAAUAUUUAAGAUGGAUCACUCCUUUUGGUACGGCUUCUACAGAGAAAGAUAAUGGUAUUCUGCCCUUGAUGUUGGACGUUAUUAUUAACAAAUAUCCCGAAUUCUUGCAACGGUCGACUAUGUUUGAGAGAUUCGUCUGUUCCUGCUUGUAUAUUUCGGCAUACACACGGAGGGAAAGAAACACACCUCUUUUCAUACCUCUACUCAAGCGUUGCUGUGGGGGACAUAUCUUUGUUAUAGGUUUUACUCUUUUAUUUCAGAUGCUGGCGGUUGAGUUAGACUACCAAUUUAAUGCAUCUACUUAUGGCACCAGAGCCGCCAUUUAUCAGUCUUGGGCGAAUUUUAUGUUAUUGCAUGAGGAAAGCGGAAUGAAAUUCUCUGUCUUUCAGCACAUAUUUUACCUUGCAUGCCCCUUAAUAUCCAUAUUUCAUAGUCUCUAUGAGAUAUCACUGAUCACUCUGCGAUGCUGCGCUUACAUUUCACAGAAAAUGAUUGAUGAGCUGUACGGAAAAGGGAGGACUUUGAUCGAUAUGGAAGAUGAUAUUUAA